ACAAUGAAUGAUUUGUAGAUGCUGGAUGGACAUCACUGUUUUGGUUUGAUUGGUCAUAUAACAGGCCAAUCAGACCUCGCUGCUGCUGUUGCCAACAUUCACUCCGUUAGUUGAUGAAUGAAUCACCCUGCAGCACCCGUGGAUUCUGGUUCUUCUUCAGGUCGAUGUCAUCAUUUGAACUGCUGAGAUGUUUUUAUCAAACCGUUUUCUAGUCUAGGAGCGCACACGUGUCACUUCAAUCAGUUCUGUUGUUACACUAAAACUGUACAAACUUAAUUUGACAUAAUAUAUCAUAAAAUAUAGUUUGAAUAAAAUUUCCUCUCAAAGAAUUAAAGUGUCAGUUUUCGGUUUCAUUGGGUGCGCGCGCUCCCUCCCACUUUCAACACUUCUCUUUUCGACAGCAGUUCGCCUCCACUGCGCUUUUACGCACGACUCCAGUGACACUGUGAAGGAGAGCAGAGUGUCAUGAAGACCGUCAGUGUGUGAGCGUUUGUGCUGCCCUCGCUGCAACAAGAUGAUCCUGCUGCCUGGUCUGUUGUUCUUUCUCUGGGGAGAACCGGGUCGGUGCCUUGAGGAGAAAGGAUUCACUUUUGAUGGACACAUCCGCCAAUUCGCCGUGGCCAACCACGGUUUACAUCGCUACACAGGAGAAACUGUACCAGCUGAGCCACGACCUGAUUCUGGUCCGGAGUGUGACCCAGAGAGGAAUCUUGACGGGUGGGGCAUCACCGUUUGAUGAACAGUUUCACCGGGUCUCUGAGACGGAUAAGCGGAACGCAACUUUCAGCGUCAACAUUUUGUUGCCGUUUGUUGAAAAUGGAACUGUGAUCAGCUGCGGUUUGACCGACAACGAGUGCGGAUACUGCGAGCUGCUGGACCCGAAGAACAUUUCAAAUGUGCUGUACCGGGAACACAUCCUGGUGGAACCCCCGUGGAGCCGCAGCGAGUCCGUCGGCUUCCUGGUGAACGUGGAGAAGACUGUGGGCCAGACCGAGACUUACAUUCUGACUGCCAUACAGCAAGGCGAAUCCACAAAGACCAACUGCUCCCCUGGAUCAGAUGCGGUGAAUCUUCAUAAUACGAAUGACAAACAGACAGAAGGUAUCUUUUCCUUAUCCGGCGAGUCCACCAUCUCUAGGUUAACGAGUAAACCCAACGUGGAGUUUGUGGAUGGAUUUCAGAUUAAUUCCAUCAUUUAUCUUUUCUCCAACCUGCCCUCAAAGGACAAACCCAACAAAGUCCGUCUGAUUUGGCUUGAAGGGAAAACAGGCAAAAGUUAUACUUUAAGGUCUCUGCGGGGCGCGACUCUCAGCAUCUCUGAUGGAGGUGAAGGCAGCAGACUCGUCGCCUCCUCGGUGAUCCCGGGUGGGCCGCCGGUGCUCUGGAGCGGCGUGUUCAGUGUGGAUGGAGCACAAGCCAACACCGAGCUGGUGUUGUUUGACAUCAGCCCUGAUCUCACCGGAGACACCGACAAGGAUCCAGAUUUCUGCAGUACCUGUACAGACAAGCCAAAACUAACGCCAAAGACGCUGAAGCCGAAGAAGGUGCUCCUCAGGCAGAGCAACAUGACUUCUGUGCUGGCAGUGAGGCAGAAGGCCUGGAUGGUUUUCUUCAUUGGGACGGGAGAUGGGCAGCUCAUUAAGCUUGUCGUGGACAAGAACUAUCACACCGUCUGUCCCAGGGUGCUCUACAGGGCCAAUGACGACCGUCAAGUAUUUCCCAAAAUGCACCUGGAUCAAGUGGACCGUAAACAUGUGUACGUGCCACUUCUACCAAACCAGAUGGAGCGUGUACAGACACGUGGAUUCAUGUUGUACCACAAUAUUUCUACAGUAGCCUAG